AUGAUUUCUAGUACUAUCAUCCUUGCAUUACUUGCCAGCAAUGCCCUUGCAGAAGGCGCCUCAGCUAAGGCUGAAACCACAUAUUACCCUGAAGUCAUCACUAUCCACCCCCCUAAGACAACGAAGACGGUAAAGACGAUGACAUGGCCCGAUGGCUUUCUAAACUUACCCGGACGGACUUCAAGGCUUACGAAGACAAUCACCCUUCUCCCCCUCCAUGCCCGCGAGACCGGUGACAUAAGUCCUAAGCAGGCGGAUACCAUCCCUGGUUCCUCCGAAGAGGCCCUGCGUGACAUCUCGGCACUCACCGAGGACGAAGGAUCGAGUCCUGUCUUCAUUCCAACCGUGGUUUCCGUCGGCCCGAUGGCCACUGAUCAUUCGGACAAAAGUGCUGUCGCUGCCAAAAACCUCGUUGAGGCUCGCGCGUCUGAGCUUGAGAAGACCGUCUUCGUCACGAUCACCAAGGAACCGACUAAGUCCUCUAGCAGGUCUAAACCGACUCCAUCCACUUGGUCGAAAGGGAAGCAUUGCCCUUACCCAUACCCAGGUGAAAAGUGCCGGCAGCCCACAUCAGAACACAGAAGUACCAAGUCGUCCUCGUCGACUAAGUCGUCCUCGUCGAUACCACCCAGGACCUCUUCGUCCAGCAAACCUUGCCCAUACCCUGGGCAGAAGUGCUAA